AUGCGGAAGUUAACGUAUGACGAGCCGCCGACAAUCUCCCUGGAAGAAAUGGCGAGUCCGGAGGGAGAGCACUUCGAGGAGACCGAGGUCGUCCUCGAUCCUCAGGACCUCCGACCUCUGCAUUUGGACACCAGCCAUGUCUAUCUCCGACCCUCUACGCCUUAUUUGGUAAGCUAUCACAAAAGUUUUUUGAUAAAUUAUUUAGAACAAUUAAGUUUCUGGAGGGUCCGACAUAACUGGAAUAAAGCAUGAACUCAUGAGGAGGCUUAUAAGUGAGAUUAAUCUCACUGGCUUGAGAUUUUCUUACUUAUUCCCAGUUAAGCUUGAAAAUAAACAAAAAGCACAAAAAAAACAGUCUUCUCGAUAAAGCUCGAGUUCUGGAAGGUCUGAUCUGCUCCUCGUUCCCGAAAAAAACUUUUUCUUAGGGAAAAAAAUAUUUUAAGAAAAAUUUUUACAGUAGGUGAGGCUCUUAUAAAAAUAAUUUAUCAGUUAAAAAAACGAUUCACAGGUGAAGUUGAUUGGUUUCUUGCGACUUUCUACCAUCCAAAGAAUCUUCUCGGAGAAACAAAAAUAGGUGUAAAAUAACUAAAACUAGUGAUCGGUUUCUUUUUGAAAAGUACCAUAAGUUCAUAUUUUCAAAGAAAAAACAAUUGAUAAAGAGUUGAAGGACCAAAAAUAUUUAUAAUUAUUUUAGAAAUACUAUAAUCAAGAAAUUCUCAACAAAUCUCUAAAAAAAUAAGCAUUUUCUUUUUUUGUUUCUCUUUUUGAGGCUAAACAAAACCGCCGGAACGCUACAAACCGCCAUACAUUUCCAUUUCUCUCUUCUCAAUUUUCCAACUGAAGUCUUUCGCUUUAAAUUCUAUCUUCAGUUUUUUUGUUGUUGUGUGUUAUAGGAAUAUAUAUGCAAGUUAACUUCUAUUGAAAAGUUGCGAAAUUAUGUACCAAGCCCUUCCAACCUUUUAGAUUCACUCAAAAGAGUUUUUUCAUGACGCGUUGGAUCGAAUUUUUUCAAGGUUGAAAGUAUUUCAAACGUGUUAGAGUUGACAUUGAGAACCAAGGAGGCAAAAAUGUGAGAGGAAAGUGAUGGAGCAAGGAUGCGAGGAAACGAGAAGGACGGAAUAAGCCAUUGUGAUUGGGUAAAUAAUCGAUAGAAAGGCGUGAAUCACUGUUGUGUGCGUGAUUGCUUAUCUAGAGGCCCCUUCGAUGGAGCAUUUUGUCCGCUGCGCCGUCAGAAGUCGUCCCAACUCCGGAGAUGUUGCGGCCGCCGUCUGCCACCCAAAACGCCGACUCCGAAAAUGUCUCCGACAGUUUUCUCUCGUCACAAUUUCGCCAAUAAGAGGCCAAGCUUGUGAAAUAGGGGUCCACGGGCUUAGUCUAAGUCUAUUUUAGAACAUUUUGUAGAAGACAGUCUAUUUGUGUGGAAUAUAAAAUAAUCGAUAAUGUAUGGGAAGAGAGAUGAAUAAGGAGUGUUGCUAGAAGUUGUCUGGUUCGAUGUCUUCAAUGGGAGAAAACUCCAGUUUUUCGAUUUAGUCGGCUUGACGGCUUUUUUUUCUGCAGAUUGAUUUUUCUUUGUGUUCAAAUUUAGAAUGAAUGCUCCAAUCGGCUUUAGAUGUAUUUUUUGAUUUUCAGUUAUCAAAAUGUUUGCAGGACCACUCGCCGGCGCUCAGCCAGAAGAUCAAAGUGCCGAAAAAGCAUUACUCACACGAAGAUCCAUUGCAACGAAUGGAGACUCCUGUGUUCGACAAGGUUUUUCUUCAUUGCUCUUGAAAUGAUUUGGAAGAAAACUGAGAUAACGAGUUAGAGACAAAUUUUUCGAAAAAAAAGCGAGCUUCGAAAAUUUAGCUAACCAUGGAAUGCUCUGAGCUCACAGUGGGACUUCUGAAUGGGGCUAGGUUUUAAGCGGAAUUUUGUUCAUAGUUAAUUUCAUCGUUUUUUUUUUUUGAUUAACUAUUUUUCCAAGUUUGUGAUCUGUUUUUGUGCGUGUUUUUUAAAUUUUCCUAUCCCGUUAUUUGAUCAUUCACUUUAUCUAAAAAUAAAAAUGGAACACAGACAAUUUGGAAUAAGAGGCUAUUACAAGUAGAAGUAGCGGUGCGCAAUUAGAUUAUAUAGAUUUUUUUAUUUGAAAAACGAGAAGUACAUAUUUUAUGAAAAAAACUCACUCUCAUUAUUUCAACUAGCAAAAAUUAAAAUUUUUGAAACUAAAAAAACGAAACAAUAUUCGAAAAAAAUGUUCAAAAACCAACAACUUUUUUUGUGAUGGUUAUCGAUGGCGCGCAAGAAGUAGAGGAAAUUUCUGCCAAGAGGUUGCAAAAUUUUUGACGUUAUUUUUUUCAGCUGAUUUUCUCAUCGACGGUUCUCGCCGUUAAAUGUUCAUCAAAAAAGUAAUGGAACUUUCUCUCGUUUAUGAAUGAAAUUCAGGAAGAGCAGGCUCAUCGAAAGAAAGGGCCUUCUUCGGCGGCGACGGUCCUGGCCAUGUCGGGACUUUUCGUCGUCGGCACCACUCUCAUCCUCAGCGGAGUCAUCGUUCUCAUUGUUGUGAGUUCCUUUUUCCGCGUCGUUUGACCGGUUCGCCUCGUAUUGGGCAGCGGAAAGCUGGCUGUACAUCCACAAUUUUUGUUUUCGUUUUUUCACUUUGGAAGUAUUUUUCAAAUUACUUUGAGUCAAUAAUAGAUUUUCAUUUCUGGUUCAUGUUAUGAACAUUUCAAUAAAACUAUUUAGCUAGAGCCCUUUUUCAGAAUUUCGAUAGGAAAAUUUAAUAAGAAUGAUCCUCCGUGGAAGUGCAAAGAUCAUAUACCUUGAAUCAUUCCCGAAAAACUUUCUGAGUUCCCUAAUCUUAUCAAAAAUUUUGAGAAAACCCAAUCUUUUCGGCCUCCCUCUGCAUAACGUUAAAGUGAGCGAGAAGAAGCUGGAAGCAGUCCGAAAAUCGGGUUUUUUCUUCACCAAGAACUGACCGCGGCAGCCGCCACCAACUCAAAUUCCGAUCAUUCGCUUUUCCGCCCAAUUUUUGGCUGAUUUACGCCCUAAAAUCGAGCCUGUUUCCAAAGUGUAAACAUAGCUAAAAAAUCUGAGAGGAUUGCGGACCAAUAUUCAACAAUAGAACUUCCUAUAAAUCCAAGAAAAGACUCUAUAGCUUUCAGUUUUUCUUAUUUCAUUGCUGGGGAACUAGAAUCUCCCCAUUUUCGAACAAAAGUGAACAUACCAACGCAUAGUUAGUUUCCAGCCGGAUCAAUGGAGUGCAACUGCCAUACCAAAAAAAUAGUUCGAAGCUAAAAAAAUACGAUUUUUUUCCCCAAAGAAGCUUUUUAAAUAAAAAAACCCUUGAUUUCAAAAAAAGAUACUGAGAUUAUAUUUUUUUAGUUUUGUUUUUUCAUUGUCAUUGCUUACAUUCAUAAUUAUAUCUUCACUAAGAAUAACUGCCGAGAUAAACGCGAGACACUGGCGGUUCAUUGACGAGCUCGCAAACAUCUCUCUUUUUUUCUCACGCCGGUCUCGCAUUUUUCUGGGCGCGAGCUCGCAUUUCUCUCACAAUUUGAAAAUUUUCAAGAUGCGAGACAAAUGCGAGAUGGCGCCGAGAAAAAUGCGAGGUCGCGCCUAGAAAAAAGCGAGAUGUUUGCGAGUUCGUCAAUGUACCGCCACCGACCUCGCGUUUAUCUCGUCAGUUAUUCUUAGUGUUUAAGUGAAAGCUAAAAAGCCUUCUAGUUAUUUUUUUCACAUGUUUCGUGAUCUUUUGUUAACAAUCUAAAAAUGUUUGCCAAUCGAUAAGAAAAAAGUCUAUGUUCUCAAAAAACAUGUAUUCAAUCAUCCAUCACGUUUUUGAACUGGUUUCAGCUGCUUCUUAUCAAUUAAAAGUUUAAUGAUCUCUAUUUAACACUUUAUCGGUAUUUUGAUACUAAAUCAAUUCAUGAAUUCAAUCUUUCAAAAUUUACAAAGCGAAUUUGGUAUCAUGGAUAGAUGCCACCGUUUAAUUCUCGUACGUCUUUGGUGUGUUGAAAAAGUUUCUGUUCUGCAAUUCUAACAGCGCAGUUGAAAUUCAGGCUCAAAAUGAGUUUAAGAUAUGCCCUGAAAGCAAACAAAGCUUGUCUCACACCUAGGACACUCGGAACGGAUCCACAGACCGUUCGGCCCCGAUCGCCGAUAAAGUUUGUCCGAUUGCAAGCGCAGCAACGUUAUCAGAUCUGCGAUUCCGCGUGAUCCACACAUACAAACGUCCUCGUUGAUUAGCCAUGAACUGGCAACAAAGCCUGUCCCUUCUGAUUCGUCCACGCGCCGAAAAAGUUCAACCUAAAAAGAGUCAAGUUGUGAGAAUCAUUUCUUGACCUCCCCUCAACUUCAGAAAAUUCGGCGUUACCUAUUCUGACUUAUGAAUGGAGCUCUCGUGGACUUGGCAAACGUCAACACCAAAUUCUAGGCGAAAACAAAAACCAUACUUUUUUAGUUUCCUACUACUAUUUUUAACGGAUAAUUUAGUAAAACUUGUUUUCAAAGUGCACACGUACUUCCAGGUAGUCAAUAUUUGAAACUGAAGUUAGGAUUUUUGAAGCAUCGUCAAAAAAAGCAAGCAAAAAUUUCAUUGAAAAAUGUAUCAUAAUUUUUUUUAUAAGAAAAAUGUUUAGAAAUGGUGCAAAAUGGAGCACGAGAUAAGGACGACGUGAGCCUUUUCCUCUCUUCUUUGUAUUUUAUUUCUUCAUGUAGCUUUUAACAAGAGUUUUUUUCAGGCAUCUCACAUCGUGUUCCUACCUUCCAAUUUUAUUUUUUAUUCGUUCCAAAAACUUUUUCCAAACUCAAACUAUCAUAUAUGCUCAUUAUGUACUUCAAUAAAUUUUCCAUAUUUCCUUUUCAAAUUUGGCUGAUUGCAGCAGCCGGAGACGCCGUUCGUCGUGACCGGCUGUCUUUUCCUGGGCGUCGGCGUGGCGAUGCUCCUCGUUUGUGUCGUUCUGCAGAGGAAGAACGUCGUCAAGUUCGUUCUCGACCUCAACCGCGACCUCUACUUCCUCAACAUGAACAAGUCUUACAUGUGGAAAAUGAUGUUUGAAAUGCGCUCCGAGCUUCCUUUGUCUUCUGAUGACUGA